AUGGAAGCCGCAGAAAAUGUCGCGUGCGACCAAGACGCCGGGGCCGACGACCUCAGGGAGUCCAUCGUCGCUCUAGACGUGAGAGACAAGAAGAUGAUGGGAUGCAGCAUCUUCUCCACGGCGGACGGUGUUCUCAAGAUAGCGAAUGACAUACCUAUGGUGAACGAAAACGUAGCAGAGCAAUUUCUCAAUUUCGCGCAGGCGACGACAAUUCUGAUGUCACGGCGAGUUCCGGAAACAAUCCUGGCCUUUGUUGAAAAGCAUGCGGAGAAGAAUGCUAACAGGCUUGUUUUGCGUUUAAUGUCUUCUUCUGAUUUCUCGCACAUGUUUGCUUGCGAAGAAUUGUCAUCGCUAUAUCCUCACGGAGUUUCCUCAUUUCCGAUUACAUCUCCGUCAAAUAUUGAGAGACAAUCUGGUGAAAAGAAUAUCCAGGCUCAAACCCUCGAUCGCCAAGAACCUCAUUGCAUGAAACUAAUCCGCUGCGGCUCUUUGAUUGACCUAGAUAGUGUUGCAUCCUUGAGCUGCGCAGGCGCCGUUUUUACAGAGCUACAUCGGCGUCGUUCGCUCGCGUCAUCUUUAAGCAGCUCUAUCACAGAAAACCUUUUCAAUGUGGUAUCUAUUACAAUGUUUAACUUAUUGGAUCAUGUUUUUAUCAGCGAGGAGUCCCUCCUAUCCUUACAGAUCAUCAAUCACGAGUCACACCCAAAUAGCCAAGCUUGGAAUGUCGACUCUAAGAGCUCAGUUGGAAAAGAGAACCUCUCGAUAUAUGGUCUCCUUCAUCCAUUGGCUUCCACCCCCCAGGGCCGAACCCACCUCCGACACAUGUUUCUUAAUCCUACAUCAAACCUCGACAUCAUCACUGACCGGCAACGCACUAUUUCCAUGCUUCUGGAAAUCAACAACGAGGAAAAGACAAGACGCGCUGUCUCUAUUGUUCGAAAAAUGGGAGAUAUAGCGCAUACAAUGUCACAUCUUCACAAGGGUAUCAACUCUCCGUCUUCCCGCAAAUCAUUCAGCAUUAGUGGCAGUAUUAUUCGCAGAAUUGUCGACGGAAUCCCUCCCCCAGCCUUCAAUCUGGUAGGCAGCAUGAUUGAUAGAGUUGUCAACUUUGAAGCGGCAAAGUUCCAGCAACGCUAUUCAGUCAAGCCCGGCGUUGACGUCAAAUUAGAUGAGUUGAAACGGCUGUAUGACGGCAUAGAUAGCCUCUUGACAGAGGUCGCCAACAGUGUUAUUCAAGAUUUGCCAAUGUGGGCACGCCGGCAUAUCAAAUCAUGCAUUUUCCUUCCUCAGCUUGGAUUUUUGACUGUAGUAGAGCAAGACUCCCAGCAAACCAAUGGCAGUAUUUUCGAUGCGGAAUUUACAGGAGAUGGUCUAUGGAAGAAAUCUUUCACCGAUAAUGAAACGGCUUACUAUAAAAAUCGCCAUAUGACGGACCUCGACAACCAGUUUGGAGAUAUAUACUCCCAAAUCAGCGAUAGGGAAGUUGAAGUGAUGCAGAAGCUAGCCGUGGAUAUUAUUGCCCAUGAGAAGACGCUUUUAGCGGCUGCAACCAUUUGCGGAGAGUUCGAUGCCCUUCUUGCUCUUGCUAUUGGCGCUGCAAAGUAUGGCUGGAAAGCACCUCAGAUGACAAUUGAAAACACCAUUAACAUCACAGGUGGAAGACAUCCGCUACAAGAGUUGCUGGCUCCUUCAUUUAUCCCCAACGAUUGCUUCAUCGGCGAUGACAAUACGGCACCAGGACGUCGAGUCCAAGCGUUAGUGUUGACUGGACCAAACCAGUCUGGGAAAAGCGUUUAUAUCAAACAGGUUGCAGCUAUCGUUUACUUGGCACAUAUUGGUAGUUUUGUACCAGCUGAUAAAGCUAUCAUAGGCACGGUGGACAAAAUCUUGACUCGGAUCUCGUCAAGAGAGAGCGUGUCCAGUACUGGAAGCACCUUCGCACUAGAUCUGAAACAAGUCUCACAUGCCAUGAAAUAUGCUACAUCACGAAGCCUGAUCAUACUGGAUGAGUUUGGAAAUGGAACUACAGCCGAUGAUGGUGUUGGGAUGUUCACAGCAAUGCUAGACUAUUUUCUUUCUUCCGCAACGAAGUCACCAAAAGUGUUGGCGGCUACACAUUUCUACGAAAUAUUUGCCAAUGGCUAUUUGAAUCACUAUGGUCAACUCGCAUUAGCACACAUGGAGGUGAAAAUUGACUCGCAUGCUGUUGAUGCGGAAGCCAAGGUCAUUUACUUGUUCAAGCUAGUUGAAGGAUACAGCUCGACAAGCUUGGGCAGCCAAUGUGCUAGAAUAAGUGGGAUACCAGAGAUUAUCACCGACCGAGCAGAGCUCUUAUCGGUCGGCGAAUCUCCCGCUAGCCCCCGGAUACGACUCCCCCUGCAACUCCGUAUUGUCGAUGACAUUGCUCUUCAACUCUCUUCGUUUCCAAGCAGCCGAAUCUCUGUCGCACGCGUCAUGGCUAUUGGGGCUUUGUCCAAUAGCACAUACCAUGCUAUAGACGAGGAAGCUAGAGCGGAGGUUGACGUGUUGAAUUCCAGGCUCGAUAGAACCACCCAAUUGACGAAGAAGAUCCAAGCUUCCCUCGGCCGACUCGAAGCUACGGGCCAGAGCGUACGAGAUGUCGCUGGUCCUCUAAACGGAGAAACGAGGCGCCUGCAAACACUUUCCAAGAAUGUCGAGUCUGUGCUUGCUGCCAUCGAUCGCCUACGGCAACCCUCGGAUAGCAAAGAUGACGAGGAGCAAAUCAUUCGAUCCGGGCCUGAAAAAGCCGGCUUGUCCAACUACUUGGCUUCUAUCAAACGGAUUAGCACUUCAUACAAGGAAAUGCAGACGUCUAAUCUGCGCGCAAACCAGGGCACCAUGAACGACCUGACCCGUCUCAUCAAGCUGGGAAAUACGCAGUUAGAGAACCAUUUCGACAAGAUUCUACGCGGCGAAACCCCCCGAUCACUCGAACCGCUCCACUACAUCACCAAAGACAAGCCCUUUCCCGUGCUUUCCCAAGACAAGAUUGCUAGGCUGGGCCUCAUUUACUCUCAUGUUGCGGGAAACUACGCCAACGGCUUCGACUCUUCUGUCGCCAAGAUAUACGCCGAUAUACGAGGGCCAUAUUUAUCAGCUUCUCUAGCUAAUUUGGCCGCGGCGAGUGUCAAUACCGCCAAGAAGAAGAACCCAGGCGAUAUAUACCAAGCAGGCGCAAAUGGUAUUGGAACAUACACACAGGCUAUGGAGGGCAUUUUUAUUGCGGAAUAUGACAAUAUCUGCAGUAUCUUUACGCGUGAGGAUUGGGGCCCCAUCCUGCAGGCGACGUGCCAAGCUGCUGUGACUGAACUGGCCCGAACUCUGCGAGAGCUCAAUACUCACAUCAAAUCCCAUCUUACCACCGACUGCUACAUGGCCUACGAAGUUACCGAAAUCAUCUCCGGUCUUUCGAAUAACCUCGACAAGCGGACAGGUGAGCUAAAGGGAUCAUUAUCUGCCGCUCUGAAACCCGUCCGCGAGACAGCCAAGUCUUCUCUCGCCGAGUUGCUAGAAGAGACCAAGCGGAAAAUAGGCAACCUGCAGACGCUCCCAACGGAUGGAGCUGCAAGUCCCAUCGUGGCGGAGACGAUGCAGCGAUUAAACUCAAUGGUGGAGUUUUUAAGGCCCAUCUCAAGCAUCAUGAUAUCUCUCGGCGACGGUGGCUGGAAUCCUGGAGCUGCUGCCAACGGCCGCACGACAGAGGGAAUACCGAGCCUAGCUUCAUUUGAUGUUGGCGCCGAUGGUAAGGACCUCUUCGCCAAAUAUUGUCUUGACACUAUCGAAGUCUUGCUCUCCUCCUUGGACCAAAAAGCCCGCGUGCUGCUCAGAAGCAAGUCCCUGUUGGGCGUCUUCUUAGCCAACAGUGUUGUCGUUAUAGACCAUGUGAUUCGCAGUUCAGAGCUUGGACCACUGCUUGAUGGUCGUCUUGAUUCGCUUGACCAGUGGAGGAAGAAGGCGACUGUCAUGUACACCGAUAUAUGUAGGGACAUAUCCGUCCAUCUAUUCGAUACCAUCCACACAAACCGAACCAAGCGCCCGACGUCUGGCCAUGCGGAUUCUGCCGACUCGGCAUCGGUAGUGAAGGGCCUCAACAGCAAGGACAAGGACAAGAUCAAGGACAAGUUUACGCAGUUCAACAACGCAUUCGAUGACAUGGUAGGGAAACACAAAUCUUACAGCAUGGACCGCGAAGUACGAGCAAUGUUUGGGCAAGACAUUCGCCAAAAGCUGCAACCGUUGUAUGAACGAUUUUGGGAUCGUUACCACGAGAUUGAUAAAGGAAAGGGCAAAUACGUCAAGUAUGACAAGCAGUCGAUUGCAGGCGUUUUUAUGAGCCUUGCCACUUAG